GGUAUGCUACUAUUUAUUCUCAUCCUACCAUGCAUCUAGCCAGUGGACUCCAAAAAAGGAAAUGUGUUUACAGGUUCAACUUCCCCCAAUCGCUCUGUCUUCAAGAGGAUGAGAGAGAGAGAGUGUGAGAGAGAGCAACCCACGCUUGUACUGUAGGCGCUUUCUUACUCCAACCAGUCAGUCUUCUUCUUGUGUCAAAGAUGCAGGUUGUUAGUGGUAGACAAUCACUUUGGAUAUACACUCUGCUAUUUACUUCUCUACAACUUUGGGGAAGACUAUCAGCUUCUACUUCUUCUCCCAUUCUUCCAGCACCUAAACUUGACAUCAAUUUGAGGUUAAAGGACUCAGUGGUUCUGGUCUGCCGGGCCCCGGAGGGCCACCGCGGGGUUCUGUUCAUGUUGUACCGAUUAACAGAAAAUGUGGACUCUCAGGAGCUGCAGUCUGGUGGUGAGGAGGUUCAGUUCACUGUGAGGGUAAAGGAAGGGGAUUCAGUCCAACGUGAACGUGAACUCUUCUGCUGUCUGUACAAGGACCAGGAUGGUCGUUACAGUGCAUUCAGUCCCUAUUUGCAGCUGGAGUACCAAAAAGAUGCUGCCCCUACUCGCUCCAUACCCUCUUUCCCUCCUCCAGUCUUGUCUGUGAAGCCCUCCACUGGUGUGGUAAAACGUGGGGAGAUGCUGUCCUUCAGCUGCUCAGUCCCCACUCUUCCGUCCCGGUCUCAGUCCCAGUCUAGCUAUAACAACAAACCAGUGACCUUCCUUUUGCUGAGGACUGCUGAGCAAACAGGGGUGACAUCUAUUAUCCUCCAGCCUCAGGCCAGUCAGGUAUCAAACCCUGAACCCCAGCCGGGAGUCUUCACUGUGGGGCCAGUGAAGGGAGGAGAGGAGGGCGGGUACACCUGCCUUUACCAGAUGACCAAAAAAAGGGGAUUGGUUAAUUCAACUGUCAGCAACAUGGUUCAAAUCACUAUUACAGACGUGUUGCCAGCGCCCACCCUUGUUCUCCAGCAGCAGACAGAUGUGUGGCAUUUGCUCUGCACAGGGUCUCCUGCAUACCCUGGUUCUGUGUUCUCCCUCUACCUGGCUGAUAAUGAACUUCCUGUUGCCACUCACCAUGCCACCUUGAUCCACCAUCAGGCCACCUUCCCAGUGCCUGUCCAGGACACUCCAGUGGCUUUGUACCAGUGCCAGUACAGUGUCCUCCUGGGAAGGAAAUGGAGCAACUCUGAGCACAGCCUCCCUUUGGCUGUAACCAGAGGAAGUGUCCCUCCAUCAUCACCAGAUUUGUCUGGUGUGGACUGGCCUCUUAUAUUGGGCUCUUUCUCUUCUGCGGUAUUGUUCCUCUGUUCAGUGGCACUCGUGGUUGUGGUGGCACACAGGAAAGUAAAAGCAGCAGCCGAUGAAAAGAAGAAAAGACAGGAAGCACAGUUCUGGACUCAAGUUCAUGCUAAGGACCAUGUUGUUGCAGGAAUGGGCCAGUGUGGACACAACUGCAGAGUCAGCCACCAGAUCCCCUUUAUGGAACUCGCUCUCCACAUUCACAACCCCGAUCCAUCCAAUCCAUUAGAAAUGUUUGUUUUCUCUCUCUCUCUCUCUCUCUCUCUCUCUCUCUCUCUCUCUCUCUCUCUGUGUGUUUAUACUUUAUUCGAGUUUAUCUAUGUAGCAUCAGUUGGAGUUACACAGCAGGACAGGAAGGGCUAUUUCCUCAGUUCCUAUUUCAUGUGCAGCAGUAAAAUUGUACAAUUUGACAGGAUAUGAUAUUUGUUUGAUCAUACAUGUUAUUGAGCCAGUGAAUCUAAAUACAGAUUUUAUUAUUAUUAAGUUUGCAUGUGUUUUGUGAAUAACUUACCUUAAGCUUCAAAUGUAUCCUUGACCUUGGAAAAAGCAGAUGACAAAACAAUCUGGAGCUUUCCAUUAUAUUACAGGAUCUAAUAGUAGCAGUGACUAAAUGGACUUUGAAGUGAGAUUGUCAAAUAAUCUACCCGUCUAACUGUUUAGCCUUAACUAAUAUUACAAAUUAUUUCAUAGAGCUGUUUGCAGAUUUGCAGUACAUUCCAGCACCAUUAACAUUAUAUAAAAACAAGUCUAUACACUUUUUAACUAGAGGUCUGAAUAUUAUCUUUUUGAGGUUACAUAGUAAUAAUAAUAAAGAAGUUUAUUUAUAUAGCACUUACUGUAUCAAAACCUGAGAUUACCUGAGAAGUGUUUUACAAGGAAAAAAGAAAAUCAUACAAACAAUACAUACAAACACAUGUUACAGAUGUAUUACUUACACACAGUACGUAUACCAACCUACAUAUACACAUAAAUACACAUAUACAAACAAAUUACCCUAAUUAAAUAGGGUGAUUUCAAAAAGUAAAAAAAAUACAUUUUCAGAAAUGAUUUAAAAGAUUUUGCAAAUCAGGCACGAAACACUCACAGAAAUGGGCCUGCUGUAGUUUUGCUAAAUAUUCUGCAGAGGGCACCGUUUAGAUACUAUUUGAAUAUCAAAAACACACCUACAGUACAGCAUACAAAACAGGUCCUGUGCUCAGUGUAACAAUGUGAUUGUGAUGUGCAUGAAGCCUAGCAAUUAUGGUGUAUCCACAGCGAUAAGGGCUACAGCUGACUUUUUACCAUGUGAUGACGGGACAAGCAUUAUUCCAUAGAACAUUAUGUUUGAGCCCUCAUAUCUAUGUUGUUUUUUUCUACAUUGUAAGUAAAUGUGUUGAGACUUAAGUACUGUGUGAAGGUAAGAAAGUAAAAGGACUCCGCAGGGAGAUUCUCCUCUCA